AUGCCUGCGCUUGAGCAGACAAUCACCAUCGUUAACAACUCCGGCAAGAUCAUCAAGACCGGCAAACAGCUCUACUCCAUCUUCAAGGACGCCCAAGGCACUUACAAGGAGAAGAAGGCCGAGAUCAAGUCGGAAAAGGCCGCCCUUCAGCGCUCCCAGUCCUUUGACCCUCAAGGCCUUCCGCCUCAGCAGCCCAGAUACAUCGACGAUGACGCCCACUACUUCGCUCCCCAGCAGCCAAGAUACAUCGAUGAUGGCGACCGCUAUUACCCUCCCCGCGCCUUCGACCAGCGCAGCCAAGCCAGUUCCCGUCGCAGUGGCCGGUCGCGAAGCGUAACCUCCCAAUCCCGCCGCCCUCGAGACGACUACUACGAUACCCGCAGCCGACCUGCCCUGACCAUGGAUAACCUCAAGACACAUAGCGAGGUCUCCAGCGUGACCCCGAGCCGAGCGCCUCCUCGCACCUACCAGAACCCGUACGCCGAGACCAUUCCCAUGGAUCUCGCUAUUCCCGCACAGAGCCAGCUUGCACGAGUCGAGAUGCGCAGCGUGGCACCCUCUGCCUACGGCCCUGGUGGCGGUGCCAUGGUGCAGCGGAACCGAUCGACAGGAGAGCUUGUCAAGAUGAAGCCUCACAAGGAAAUCGACAUGGAUCUCGCAUACGGAAACAUCCCUCCCGACCUGGCUGAGCGCACAGAUCUGGACCCUCAGUAUGGCACUGAGAAGGAGGCCAAGGCCCUGGUACACCGCGUUGAGGGAAUCCUCACCGAAGCCAAGUGCCUUCACCAUUCCGCGACUACCACUAUGGCCCAGCUUCAGAAGGACCCCGAUUCCGCCGCCGCCGUUGCGCUCUCUCUGGCAGAGCUGUCCAAACUAGUCAAGAAGUCAUCACCGGCAUUCUUGAUGCUUCUCAAGAGUGGAUCCCCAGCAGUCUUCUCCCUUCUCUCAUCACCCCACUUCCUUAUCGGCACGAGUAUCGCCGUCGGUGUAACGGUCGUCUGUUUCGGAGGAUGGAAGAUUGUCCAGAGAGUCAAGGAGCAGCAGCAGGCGAGAGAGGCUCUCAUGUAUGAGCCCAUGGACCGUCCUGCACCAAUGCGAACACAGAGCGAGUAUGCGCCGAGACGAGCGCCAACUGAGUACAGUGCCGGUAUGGAUGAGGCACUUAUUAUUGAGGAUGAUCUCAGCGAAGUAAGCUCUAUUGAGACUUGGAGAAGAGGUAUCGUGCCUUUUGGCGAGAAUGAGACGGCCGAUAUGGAGCUCAUCACACCACUGGCCAACAAGGAGAACGUUGAUCGCUACGGAGAUGAUUUCGACGUCAAGUCACGACGCAGCACCCGAACGACCAAGACCAACAAGACGAGCAAGACAACCGAUAGCCACAGGAGUCAUCGCAGCCAUCGAAGCGAUGCAAGCGAGCGGAGUCACCGCAGCCACCGCAGCCGACGCGAUGAUGAGAGCAUCGCCGACAGUGAGCGCAGCCACCGCUCAAGCAGGAGCAAGCGCUCAGAGAGAAUCGAAACACGGUCGAUCGACAGCCGAGACAGCCGAAGUCGCAAGGACGAUAUGGAGGUUGUUCUCCGACCCAAGUCACACCGUAACAGCAACAACAUGCUCAAGGCUUUGUUCAAGAGCAAGGAGAAGAAGGAGCGAGAGCUCGUCAUGGCUUAG